GGAAUUGCAGGUCUUCCUCCCCCGAUGCCCGUCCAGAGUUUCGGCAUGGGAAUUGGCGGAAAUCCUAAUCUGUCACGCCAGUCUCGUCGGCUCUACAUCGGCAGCAUUACGCCGGAAGUCAACGAACAAAAUCUUGCCGACUUCUUCAAUUCUAAAAUGAUUGAGAUGAGCAUCGGCACCGGCGGGCCUGGCAAUCCUGUCUUGGCUGUUCAGUGCAACUACGAAAAGAACUACGCUUUUGUUGAGUUCCGCAGCGCAGAAGAUGCAACGGCUGCCAUGGCCUUCGACGGCAUCAUCUUCAUCAAUGGGCCUCUCAAAAUUCGUCGACCGAAGGACUAUGGUGGAAUGGAAAUAGCCUCUCCUGGCGUCCAUGUACCAGGUGUUGUUUCCACUAAUGUUCCUGAUUCCAUCAACAAGAUUUUCGUCGGCGGGCUCCCGACAUACCUCAACGAAGAGCAGGUGAUGGAGUUACUCAAGAGUUUCGGAGAUCUCAAAGCUUUCAAUUUAGUCAGAGAAAACGGAAACGGUCCCUCGAAAGGCUUCGCUUUCUUCGAAUAUGUCGACGUGGGUGUCACUGACGUCGCCAUUCAAAGCCUCAAUGGCAUGGAGCUGGGAGAUCGUUACCUCGUCGUGCAACGCGCAUCUGUCGGGGCCAAACCUGGAACUCCCGGAAUGAUUCCCAAUCUACCAUACGAUCAGUUCCCCGAAAUCCCUCGACCCAUCAUGCCUGCUGGAAAGGACCCAGCAACUGACUCGCGUAUCUUGUUGAUGUUAAAUAUGGUCACACCCGACGACUUGACCGAUGAUCAAGAAUAUGGCGACUUGUACGAAGACGUAAAAGAGGAGUGCUCCAAUUAUGGUGCGGUGGAAGAUCUGAGGAUUCCCCGACCAGAUGCCGUCCGUCUCGAUGAGGCUUCUGGCGUUGGGCGCGUCUACGUUAAAUACAAGGACUCCGAGAGCGCGACCGCAGCUUUGAAUAAUUUGGCUGGACGGUCGUUUGCUGGUCGCUCUAUUAUCGCCACUCUUCUCAGCGAAGAUAGUCAGACGACCCCUCCUUUGAACAUUAUUUUCGCCCCUCAGCCCGAUGCUCCUCCCCCUCUGCCUACUUCAUAA